AGUGGACGGACAGCCGAAGAGGCAGUGACGCUGACAGGAGCUCCAGAGGACACACUCCUCCUCCUCCUCCUCCUCCUCCUCCUGACGGUCACACUCCCCUGGCUGGACCUGCCUGGCUCCUCUGUGGUUCUCCUCCAACAGGAGGUGCUGCGCUGCUCUGCAACAUCCCAGAACACAGAGACACGGUGUGAGUAUGUGCACAAAGAGGCUGAGCACCUGGAUAAAGAGAAGAAGAACCUGCGACUGGAAACCAAACAGCUACAACACGCACUGAGACGGCACAGGAGUGUAAAACAGGUGUGUGAUGAGGUGGAGUGUGUGGAGAAAACUCUGCUGAAGAGACGAGCUGAACUCCGUCAGGCGGACCGACUGCUGCUGGAGGCUCAGAGCUGCAUACACACCAGCAGAGACAAGGCCCGCUCAGCUCAGCAGGAGGCCGACGUGCUGCAGCGCUCGGCUCAGGACGGCGCCACCUGUCUGCUGGAGGCCACACAGCACAUCAGAGAGCUGCAGGAGGAGGUGGAGGAGCUGAGGAGGAGGAGACAGGAGGAGGAGCAGAGUCUGAGAGAGCUGCAGGAGGAGCUGAGGAGCAGAGAGCAGGAGCUCCAAAAACUCGGCACAAAGCUGCACUGGGCUUCAGACGG